GAUUGGGAGCCAUCCCAUUCAGUUGUUCCCAGCAUCCCCAUGGACCACAAGUGUGUUUUUCGUUGAAUUUUCCACCCUCAAAACCAGCUCAAUAAUAAAACAUGAAGUUUCACCUUCGUUUGAUUUGUUUAACUUAUCUUACAACUACUUUAGGUUUUAUUUUAGGUUUACAUGCUCCAACGACAAAACGUACGCCUGAUGAAGAUUAUUACUACGACUACGACUCAAAUCCUAGCAAUAAUAUGAAUAAUAAUAUCUCAAAAGUGCAGUUCAAACCGGAAUCUUUAAUACUGCCUCAACCGGAUACUAACACGAAUUACCAUCAUAAGUAUUCAGUGGAUGUGUUGCCUGAUGUGGAACUACCGGAUGAUUCUUUGGCGGAUACUGAUCUGAGGGAUCAUGACUUUAUUGAUAAUUUAAUGUAUGUGUAUUAUGGAUCGCACAAUAAGAAUGUGAGCAACUAUGGACAGGAGAUUAUCAUCGUCGGGUCUGUGUUGAGUUGCGCGGCGCAGUUGUUAACGAUUUUCAUCGUAUUGUUGAAGAAGAACUUCAAUGGCAAGCGGGACGUGAACUGCAUCUUUUUGCAAUUGAUGGGGUGCUUUUGUUUGUCGAAUUUGAUAUUUAUGAUGGGUGUUUAUUCAACUAGGAACGCAAUCAAGUGCCAAAUAAUCGGUGUUACACUCUACUAUCUCCAUCUCCUAACAGCCUUCUGGCUGUUUAUGUUCGUAUACUACAUCUACAAAAAAUUCUGCAAUGCGGACAUCCUCAAAAUGCAAAUAUUUUACUCUGUGGCAUACGGUGCCCCUGCUCUAUUAACAAUGAUCUCCAUAUUAAUAUCACCGCGAAGUUUCGAAACAAAACGAUUUUGUUUCAUAUCAGUUCAAAAAGGAAUGAUAGUAAACUACAUGAUGCCUGUUUCGUUAUUAAUCAUCUCUACAACCGUAUAUUGCCUGAAUGGCAUUCGGAAAAUCAACAUGGAGUUGUCCAAACUUGAGUUAACAAGUUCCGCAGAAUCAUUGAAUGCGUUAAAGCAUGAAAUCGAAGGAACCGACGACAAGAACUGCCCCGAUGGUGAAAUUAUCAGUUUACGCGAGAGUAAACGAUGUUUGAAGACGCUGUGCAUCGUGCAAACCUCGUAUGAUAUCGUCUGGUUUGUCGCUGUGCUCGCACUUGAGAAUAUCAACUACAGCAAUAGCAUGUCCAUUGUUUAUUCCAUCACAUCUUGUUUACUUACUUGGUACAUCUUCGCACGGACAAAGACUUUCCUCCCGACGAUAAUGAGCAAUCGAUUGAAGUUAGUUGAAGAUUGUGUUCCGGACCAGAUAAAGGUGCACAGCGCAAACACGAUGAUUAUUUCACAUCGUGGCUCCUCUGAUAGUGUGCCGCUUCUGGUCAGUUCCGAAACCGAAAUGAGGGAACUUGUCAGACACGAUUACAUUAGCACGAUUAGUAAUUAAUUUCGUGCGGAUUUUAACUACUUCAAAAGAACGCAAUAAAUACAUACUCAUUUUUUGAAUCUAUUCGAUAUUCUAAAGUCUGUUAUCUUUCAACUAAUGUCGGUACAUGUAAUGGCGGCAUGGUUGUAUUUAAAUAACAUAGGACAUCGGCCUAUAACAGUAUUAAUCUUUGACGAUGAAAAUUCGAAGCGUCUAGAAGCGUCAAAGGUGCAUUACAGCAGAGUAGUGUUUUAACUCGAAAUGUUGUUCGAUUAUAACGUUAUAAAUACAUUGUAAAACGUAUAAAUAAAGUGAAAGAAUCAAAAUACGCAAUAUAAUAA